UGGACAUGUUCUCCUCACGGUUGUCCUACUAUCUUCGUCUCGCCGCUCUCGCCCUAGCAAUUGUUCUGUUCUUUCGCACGUUGUUUAAAGGCCACGACAAAGCACCAACGUUAACCGACGAGCCAAUAAGCAGCUAUAAAUUCCUAGAGCCGUUCACGGAUGGCGAUGAGUUGCUUAAAUACAGAAACGUGUACUUUAUCGAAUCGUCCGCCCCGUUCCGAAACGUGGUCACGAUCGAACCGCGCCAUGCGUGUGCCAUCGAAGCGGCAGCACGCGCCAACCCGCGUAAGAACAUUAUCGUCCUACUAGCAGCUUGGAUCGACUUCACCGAGGCGGACCGACUGCAGAUACCGGACCUGAGCAGGUUAGCUGGCUUCCGGAACGUACACUUCCGGUGGCUAGACUUGGAGAAUUUCGCGCUGGACACCCCGGUCGACUCGGUGAUCAAAUCCGACGAGCUCUACAGUCUUCCCGAUGGUGUGGCGUUCCUUUCCGAGAUUCUGCGGAUGGUGCUGCUGUAUAAGUACGGUGGCAUCUAUCUUGACCUGGACGUGAUGACCCUGGCGCCGUUAGACUUGUACCAUCCGAACUUUUUCAGCGCUCAAUCGAUGACGAGUGCCGAUACGUCGGUAAUGGGGCUUGAGCGGGGAGACUAUGGGCAACAAUUCGCAAUGGAGUAUCUCGAAGAUAUCAAAUACUUCCACGAGAUAGGCGAAACCCGAAAUGGGUCCACUCUGCUGACGAACAAACUGCUGCAGGUCUGCGAGAAGGUCACGGUGCAUGAGAUAGUGGAAAACGGUUGCUUCAGCCUGUUAGACGUACACAGGCAGCAUGCAUUCCAUCCCUUCGAUGCGAGCAACAUUAACGUAAUGUUCGACUCGGCGUUGCUGGACGAGGCGAAACAGAUGCUGGCGAACUCGAUGGCCGUGCACAUGCUCCACCAUCACAGUCGGACACUGCAAAGUGAUUCCAACGGCGAAACGGGCUACGAGAUGGUAGCGAAAACCUACUGCCCAAAUGUGUAUUAUGCGAACGAGGGAGAAUUUUAA